CUGCAUCUUGUUACGGCCAGGCCUGUGUCUCUUUACAGCAACUGUGUGCCAGAAAUAUGGCUACGGACUGGCUUGGGAGCAUCGUGUCAAUUAAUUGUGGAGAAAGCCUGGGAGUCUAUCAAGGACGAGUGUCUGCUGUGGAUCAGGUCAGCCAGACCAUUUCCCUGACGCGGCCUUUCCAUAAUGGGGUCAAGUGCCUCGUGCCAGAAGUCACCUUCAGGGCAGGUGACAUUACUGAGCUGAAAAUUCUUGAGAUCCCAGGGCCAGGGGACAGCAGACAAUGUGGGGAUCUGCAACAGACAGAAAUGAGCAUCCCUGGUGUUGGAUGCCAAGUGGGUCCCAGUCAGAAUGGCACUGGGAAAGUGUUAAAGAAGCCUGUCUCCAGCAGUGCCCCACAGAAUAUCCCAAGGAGAAUGGACAUGAAGAAUCAGGAUAUUAUCAUCUCUCCACAGCAGCAGUGCUCCAAGAGCUACAUGGAUCGACACAUGGAAACACUGACUCAGUCCAAAGGCUUCCGUCGUAGACACAAUUCCUGGUCAUCCAGUAGCCGUCAUCCAAACCAAGUGACUCCAAAGAAGAGUGGCCUGAAAAACGGGCAGAUGAAGAGCAAAGAUGAUGAGUGCUUCGGGGAUGACAUUGAUGAAAUCCCAGACACAGAUUUUGAUUUCGAAGGGAACCUGGCCCUUUUUGACAAGGCAGCUGUGUUUGAAGAGAUUGAAACUUAUGAGAGGAGGAGUGGCACUCGUUCCCGGGGGACCCCAAAUGAGAAACCAGCUCGCUAUCGGCACGACGAGAACAUCUUGGAAUCGGAGCCCAUAGUCUAUAGAAGGAUUGUCGUACCCCAGAACGCUAACAAAGAAUUCUGCACGGACUCUGGGCUGGUCGUUCCAAGCGUGUCUUAUGAGCUUCACAAAAAGCUGCUCUCGGUUGCUGAGAAGCACGGGCUGACUCUGGAGCGAAGGCUGGAGAUGACGGGAGUGUGUGCAAGUCAGAUGGCCCUGAGCCUCCUGGGGGGACCCAACAGGCUGAACCCGAAGAACGUGCACCAGCGGCCCACGGUAGCCCUGCUGUGCGGCCCCCAUGUGAAGGGGGCCCAGGGGAUCAGCUGCGGACGGCACCUCUCCAACCACGACGUCCACGUCAUCCUUUUCUUACCCAACUUUGUCAAGAUGCUCGAAUCCAUCACCAACGAGCUGAACCUUUUCAGCAAGACGCAAGGCCAGCAGGUGUCCAGCGUCAAAGAUCUUCCAGAUACCCCUGUUGACCUAGUGAUCAACUGCCUAGAUUGUCAUGAAAAUGCCUUUUUGAGAGAUCAGCCUUGGUACAAAGCAGUUGUGGACUGGGCCAACCAGAACCGGGCACCCGUCCUCAGCAUAGACCCUCCAAUAAACGAGAUGGAGCAGGGCAUUGAUGCCAAGUGGUCGCUGGCCUUGGGCCUGCCCCUGCCCCUGGGCGAGAGGGCAGGGCGCGUGUAUCUCUGUGACAUUGGCAUUCCCCAGAAGGUCUUUCAAGAAGUGGGAAUAAACUACCACUCACCCUUCGGCUGCAAAUUUGUCAUCCCCCUGCAUUCCACUUAGAGCCCAGUCAGCCACACAGCUCUGAAGUGAGAGAAGAGGAGGAGGUGGUCUGUCAAAUAAGCUGUCCAGUGGAUCCUGACUAGUAAACUCGUGACGCCUUAAGGAUGUGAAGUUCUGGAGAGUUUUCCUUCCAGAAGAGACAUUGUGUAUUUAAAAAAA